GGCAACAGCAACUCUGACCUGGACAAUCGGCCUGAGAAGAUGCAGCUCCUCCUGCUCCUCUUAGCCUGCGUUCUGGUACCAAGGACAGAGACAGGGGAGAUCAUCGGGGGACAUGAAGCCCAGCCCCACUCUCGGCCCUAUAUGGUAUAUAUUCAAUCCUUGAAACAAGAUAAAAUGGCAUGCAGUGGUUUCCUGAUCAAAGAAGACUUUGUUCUGACGGCUGCUCACUGUUUUGGAUGUUUCAUGAAUGUCACGCUGGGUGCCCACGACAUUGACAAGCAGGAAGAGACUCAGCAGCACAUCUCUGUGAGAAGAGCCAUUCCCCACCCAGACUAUAAUGAGACAAUAUUAUACAAUGACAUCAUGCUCCUACAGUUGGAGAAAAAGGCUGAAUUGACCAAAGCUGUAUGCAUGCUCCAGCUACCUGAAAAAAGGAUCCCAGUAAUGCCAGGGACAGCAUGCAGUGUGGCCGGCUGGGGCAAAGUCUCACAGCACAGUAAAACUUCCAAACUGCAUGAGGUGACGCUAACUGUGCAGACGGACGAGACGUGUAAGACCCGCUACAGCAAUUACAAGAGCGCCUCUGAGAUAUGUGUGGGAGACCCGGAGAAAAAUGCUUCUUCCUUUCAGGGAGACUCUGGAGGCCCUCUCAUAUGUGCCAAUGUGGCUCAGGGCAUUGUCUCCUAUGGAAACAACAGUGGGACUCCUCCACGGGUCUUCACCAAAAUCACGAGUUUCCUGACAUGGAUAAAGAAUACCAUAAACAGCCCCCAAUUGAAGAAAUCAGACUGA